AUGCCUCAAUUAGUCUGGCUAGUAACAGCUACUACUUCGGGCCUCGGUGCCGCAGUGGUGCAGAACCUCACCGCGAGAGGUGAUAAGGUCAUCGCGACAGGAAGAGGGGCAACGGAACGGCUCAAGCAUUUGCAGUCUGAUGACGUGUUUCUUCUCGAUCUUGAUGUUACUGCGCCUCGAGCUGAGAUCGACGAGCAAGUAAAGAGAGCCUGGGAUGUUUGGGGACGCAUCGAUGUUCUCUUGAACAAUGCUGGCAUUUCAGCACCUAAGAGUAUUGAGGAGGCAGACGACGACUUUGUUCGUAACGUCUUCGACGUCAACCUCUUUGGAACGGUACAUGUUACUCAAGCUAUCCUGCCAUACUUCAGGGCCCUACAAAGCGGCACGGUUGCCUUCAUCGGAGCUGGCGUGGGUUGGGGUCCGUUGCCAUUCUUAGGCCAUUACGCCGCUUCUAAGGCUGCUCUGGGUGCCUUUGUUGAAUGCUUAGCCAAAGAGGUACGCCGCUUCAACAUUCGGUGCAUCAUCUUCGAACCUGGUGGUUUCCCGUCUCAGCUCGGUCAACCUCGUGAAGGUUCAGUCGAAGGAUUCGGGAAGUACAAGCCUGCUAUAGAUGCUUACAAUCCCGGGUUUGAGGAGUUGAUGGACGUGUUCAUUUCGGAUAUUGGCCCGAAUGUGCCAGGUGAUAUCAGUAAGUUGUCAGAGCGCAUCGUGGAUUGCGUCAAGGUCGAGGGGGCCAGUGCUGGAAGGCCGGAGCCGGUGAGAGUUAUUCUUGGAAGUGAUGCAUUACGGUUGAUAGAGCAGAAGUGUAAGGAGCAGCUUGAGCUUGCGAGUAGUUGGGAGGAUGUCAGUCUUAGUACGGAUCGGGAUGGGCAUGAUCAUGUUGCAAGUAAAGGAAUGCUGCGUUUCUCAUCAAUUCUAUAG